CUAACUCCACAAAUGCUUAAAAGGGAUUCAGAGACAGACACUGGCUUCCAAUCAUAUUCGAGUGAGUGAUUGGUCCAGGGUAGGAGGGACAGAGCUGAUUAGUCUGUUCUGACUGCAGUUCUUCUGCCCACAAAAAAGAGAGUGUACCGAAGAACUAAGAAGUUCAUCUUUAGGUAAAGAAAACACAGAAAUGCCACAGAACGUGGUGCUGGAUGGGCCAGCCCCUUGGGGAUUUCGGCUUUCAGGAGGCAAAGACUUCAACCAGCCACUGACUAUAACCCGGGUGACACCAGGCAGUAAAGCAUCACUAGUCAAUCUGUGUCCAGGAGACAUCAUCCUAGCUAUCCAGGGAAUGUCUGCAGACGGGAUGACUCAUGCUGAAGCUCAGAACAAGAUCAAAGACACCACCAAUCAGCUUUUCCUUAAGAUAGAGCGGCCAGAAACUAAACUCUGGUCUCCUCAAGUUAUAGAAGAGGGGAAAGUGAACCCAUUCAAAAUCAAUUUGGAGGCAGAAAAGCAAGAGUGUAAACCGAUUGGCACAGGUCAUAACAGAAGAGCACAGCCCUUUAUGGCUGCCGUCAGCAUGGUUGACAAUAAGCAGGUGGUGAGCUCCACCUACAAUUCUCCCAUAGGCCUUUACUCUUCAGAUAACAUCCAGGAUGCCCUGCAUGGACAGAUCCAGGGUCUGGUGCAUGAAAAGCCUGAGGGUGGCAGUGCAUCCCAGAGGGUCAUGCCUGGCAUCCCAUCGGCUAGGUGUAAUGCAGCUGUUGACCCCAGCAAAAAUGGGGCCCUCACUCCUUCUACUCAGUAUAACUCUCCCAUUGCAUUAUACUCAGUAGACAAUGUCUCAAAUACACUACAGCAGGCUCAGAUGUCCACUGUAGUCAGGGAGGCAUCGCCCAGCCAGAAAACCCUCACAACCAUUGAAGACUCCCAUGUGUACCGCAUGCUCCAGGAAGACCACAAGCAGCCACCUGAACCACGCCAGUCUGGCUCAUUUAAGGCCUUGCAAGACUAUGUAGAGAGUGAUGGCACAAAGUCUCUGGUGACAAGAAGUGUAAAAGCCCCAGUGACAAAGCCCCAAGCAGCCACAUCCUCACUACAGAAGCUGCCGCUCUGUGAUAAAUGUGGCAACGGCAUUGUUGGAACGGUGGUGAAAGCCCGAGACAAAUACCGCCACCCAGCCUGUUUCGUAUGCUCAGAUUGUGGCAUGAACUUGAAGCAGAAGGGCUACUUCUUUGUGGAUGGACAGAUGUACUGUGAAACCCAUGCUCAAAUCAGAAUGGCUCCACCUGAGGGACAUGACCGAAUUACUUUAUAUCCCACUGCUUAGAGGCAUGGCACAACUCAAACUCCACUUUUGUUAAAUUAUUUCAUGCAAAAAUGAAAAUUCUGUCAUUAUUUACAUUUUUUAUGUCUUUUAUUCCAAACUUAUGACUUACUUUCUACUAUGGAACACAAAAGGAUGUAUUUUAAAGAAUGCCACGAUUGUUGAUUUUCAUACAAUAGAAGAUGAAAGUAACAAGUGGCUCAAGAAACCACCCAAAAGUGUCAUAUUCCAUGUUUUCUAAAGGAUUACGAUCACUAUGCAUGAAAAGACCAAAAAUUAAGUAAUUAUUCACUCUAAAGUCCAAAUAUUGAACAACUUGUAAUCACAAUAUUGGUCAUAAGAUACGCAAUGAGGUUUGAUGUUUUUGACGUGUUAGCAUAUUUGAUAUAAGCAAUGUUUAUGAGUUGAUCAAUAGUUGGAUUUGAGAGUGAAUAACUAAAUUUUGGUCUGUUCAUCAUACAAGGGGAUCAUAUGACCUUUAGAAGACUUGGAAUAAGACACACGACUUGUAUGGACAACAUUUAUGACACUUUUGGGUGAUUUUUUUUAACCAUUAAAGUGAUUCACUACCAACUGCUAUUGUCUGGAAAUCAGUGAUUGUGCCUUAUUUAAAAAAUAUGUAGUUCAGCAGAAUAAAGAAAGUCAUAUGGGCAGAGUAAGAGCCAGGAUAAUUUACCAGAGGGGGCAUUUAAAAUUUCGAUGGGGGCACAGAUUUGUCACUUUACUCUAAGAUGUAACGUUGCUGAAAAUGCUUUGUUGUCACCAGCACGAGUCAUGGCUUUAAUAGAUAUGCACAUACAUAAACUCAAAUAAAACAUUGCCAAAAUUAUUUGAAAUAAAUGUAUUCAAAUGAAAAAGAUUUGACAUUUAGGCCUCCAAUUUCUUGUAUGCUAAUUAUAUAUAUAUAUAUAUAUAAUAAUGAAUUAUUUUAAAAUAAGCAUGAGGCAAAUUUUAAUACAAAAUUAGCAGUCAAUUUCCCAGACAGCAUAACUCCUGUCCCCACCUUUCACCUGAAACAUUCAAUUACUCACCACAAAAAAGUUUAAAGAUAAAUUUGCUUUAUUUUUUUUUAUUUAUUUUACAAUUGAUUUGAAUAUUUAGGCUGUCAAAAAAGUAAAACACAUUUAAAAGAUAAUAACAAUAUUAUAAAAACUGUUUCAAAUACAAAAAGUUUUACAGAAGGGACACAGUGGUAUUGCUGAGGGGACACUGCACCCUGGUGCCCACCUCAAUCUGUAGCUGCAUGACAUUAAAGUUACUGCAUGACAUCAGAUGGUUAUUUCCUGGAAUGAGGGUGAGUAAAUAAUGCUAACAUUUUUGAGCGGACUAUUCCUUUAACUACAGUUGAAUUAAAAAAAAUGACUCUGGAUUUAUUGCUUCAUGAUGUUCCAUUAAAAUCAAAUAAAAUCUGGGUAAUUUAAGCAUAAAACACACAUCCAAACUUCAGAGGGGGAUUAAGUUCAUCGGGAGGAAUGCAAGACUUUAGAAUUCUUUAGAAAUCUCAAAACAUUUUCUAAAGGCCUUCAUUUAUCUCUAGUUGAAAAGCAGUAAAUUAACUCUCCCAUUUCUCAUCUUACAUUUACUGUUAAUAUUAGGCAUCUGGCAGCAGAAAUCCUUCAUUUCAACACUAACUAAGCAUUUAGGUUUAAAUUAUUCUCAAAGUAUGCAGGAAAGGUAAUUUGCUUUUAACACAGGUUGAAAUACAGAAUCGCAUUAUAUUUGUAUAAGCUGGUUUUUGGUAAUAUGCACACUGCAAUAAUGUUCAUGAGACCAGGCUGGCACAAACUCUGCAGGGAAAAUAAGUUUGAUUGGGGGGGUGGGUCAAAAGCACAGUAAAAAAUAUGCAAUGUAAUCCACUUCCCAGUAAAGAACCCUUUUAUUUAAUGUAAAUAUUGACUUUUCAUUUUUUCAACAACAUUGCCUGUGCUGUAUUUUGUGUUUCUAACUCUUUGUAAAUGUAUGCCACCUCUAAGAACAAAUCAGAAUAAAGUUUUUACUGUUACUACAUUUGAAAA